AUGGAUCUGGUGCAGAUUAGGACAGUCUUUCGCUUCGUGAACUUGGAUUUCUCGGCGCAGUUGGUCCUAGGCUUUUCGCUGGCAUAUCUCAUUCUGAUUGCAGCGACUGUGGCAUACAGCAUGGUCAUUGGGGUGCCGAAGCCGUUGCCCUGGGAUGGGUUCUUCAGCAAGGCGGACAACUUCAUCAUGUGUGUUACUUCGAUCUUGGUGGCCGGCACCACGCUGAUCCUGACAAAUGCACUGGUGUGGGUAGUCCUGGGCUCACUCAUCAGACCUACGGACUUAAUCCCCUAUGCCAUUAUGGUUGCAGCAGUUGCCACGAUGGGGCAUAGCAUGCUUUCUAAGUUCCGUGGCAUGAAGAACUACUGCCAGUCCCAGAUGGUCGACUUGCUCGAUGCGGCCCUGGUCGCCAUCUUCAAGGUCAUGGCAAGAGACAAGACGAUGAUGUCCACGGUGGAGGAUCGGAAAGAGAAGUUCGAAGCCUUGAAGGUUCAGGUUGCCAAACUGCUCCCGGAUUUGGAUCUACACGUUGGCAAAGCGAUGGAGAAGAUGGUGCGUGCAGGAAGGCAGCGCGGAGGGACUGAUGAAUUCCUCAGCAAGCUCCACCUUGACCACGAAGCGGGCCCGCAGGACAGCCAAGCCCGCGAACUCCACAUGCAGCUGGCCACGCCAUCGGCAGAACACAAGUCAGCUGACAAGGAGAGGGAGCGGAAGGUGAAGAAGCUCUCCAAACACUUGGUACUCCACUCAAAAACCGUUGAGCUCAUGCUAGACUGCUUUGAGAAUCGGGUGGUCCUCAAGCGCUUAAGUGACAGCGCUGCAGCUCACAGCAACAGCUCGGCAUCUACUCUGGCUUCGUUGGUCUCUAUAGCAAGGAGAGACUGUUUGUUUGGGCAUUUUCUGAGACCCCUGGAGGCAGAGUUUGUCAAGCACAAAAUGCAUCUUGCAUAG